CAUCAACAGAACCGGGAGGAAGGGCUCUGACGGGGCUGGCGGUCCUCUGUUCUCCCCGCUCAGGUGCGGCGCUGUGGCAGGAAGCCACCCCCUCGGUCGGCCGGUGCGCGGGGCUGUUGCGCCAUCCGCUCCAGCUUUCGUAACCGCACCCUGGGACGGCCCAGAGACGCUCCAGCGCGAGUUCCUCAAAUGUUUUCCUGUGUUGCCAGGACCGUCCGCCGCUCUGAGUCAUGUGCGAGUGGGAAGUCGCACUGACACUGAGACCGGCCAGAGGGAGCGGAGCCGAGCGCGGCGCGGGGCUGAGGGACUCGCAGUGUAUGUAGAGCGCCGGGCUCCUGCGAAUGGGGGCUGCCCCCGGAGACUGAGCCAGCCUGCCCGCCCACCGCCCCGCCCCUGCCGCCCGGUUCCCACCAGCCUGUCCGCCUCUGCGGGACCAUGGAGCGGUAGCCGAGGAGGAAGCAUGCUGGCCGUCGGCUGCGCGCUGCUGGCUGCCCUGCUGGCCGCGCCGGGGGCGGCGCUGGCUCCAGGGGGCUGCCCUGCGCAGGAGGUGGCGAGAGGUGUGCUGACCAGUCUGCCAGGAGACAGCGUGACUCUGACCUGCCCAGGGGCAGAGCCAGAAGACAAUGCCACUGUUCACUGGGUUCUCAGGAAGCCAGCUGCAGGCUCCCACCUCAGCAGAUGGGCUGGCGUGGGAAGGAGGCUGCUGCUGAGGUCGGUGCAGCUCCAUGACUCUGGAAACUAUUCAUGCUACCGGGCCGGCCGCCCGGCUGGGACUGUGCACUUGCUGGUGGAUGUUCCCCCCGAGGAGCCCCAGCUCUCCUGCUUCCGGAAGAGCCCCCUCAGCAACGUUGUUUGUGAGUGGGGUCCUCGGAGCACCCCAUCUCCGACGACCAAGGCUGUGCUGUUGGUGAGGAAGUUUCAGAACAGUCCGGCCGAAGACUUCCAGGAGCCGUGCCAGUAUUCCCAGGAGUCCCAGAAGUUCUCCUGCCAGUUGGCAGUCCCGGAGGGAGACAGCUCUUUCUACAUAGUGUCCAUGUGCGUCGCCAGUAGUGUCGGGAGCAAGCUCAGCAAAACUCAGACCUUUCAGGGUUGUGGAAUCUUGCAGCCUGAUCCGCCUGCCAACAUCACAGUCACUGCCGUGGCCAGAAACCCCCGCUGGCUCAGUGUCACCUGGCAAGACCCCCACUCCUGGAACUCAUCUUUCUACAGACUACGGUUUGAGCUCAGAUAUCGAGCUGAACGGUCAAAGACAUUCACAACAUGGAUGGUCAAGGACCUCCAGCAUCACUGUGUCAUCCACGACGCCUGGAGCGGCCUGAGGCACGUGGUGCAGCUUCGUGCCCAGGAGGAGUUCGGGCAAGGCGAGUGGAGCGAGUGGAGCCCGGAGGCCAUGGGCACGCCUUGGACAGAAUCCAGGAGUCCUCCAGCCGAGAACGAGGUGUCCACCCCCACGCAGGCACCUACUACUAAUAAAGAUGACGAUAAUAUUCUCUCCAGAGAUUCUGCAAAUGCGACAAGCCUCCCAGUGCAAGAUUCUUCUUCGGUACCACUGCCCACAUUCCUGGUUGCUGGAGGGAGCCUGGCGUUCGGAACGCUCCUGUGCAUUGCCAUUGUUCUGAGGUUCAAGAAGACGUGGAAGCUGCGGGCUCUGAAGGAAGGCAAGACAAGCAUGCACCCGCCGUAUUCUUUGGGGCAGCUGGUCCCAGAGAGGCCGCGACCCACCCCAGUGCUUGUUCCUCUCAUCUCCCCACCAGUGUCCCCCAGCAGCCUGGGGUCUGACAACACCUCGAGCCACAACCGACCAGAUGCCAGGGACCCACGGAGCCCUUACGACAUCAGCAAUACAGACUACUUCUUCCCCAGAUAGCUGGCCAGGGGGCACUAGCAGGCUGGACCCUGUGGAUGACAGAGCACAAACGGGCUCAGCAAAGGAUGCUUCUUACUGCCAUGCCAGCUUAUCUCAGGGGAGUGGGGCCUUUGGCUUCACGGAAGAGCCUUGCGGAAGGUUCGACACCAGGGGAAAAUCAGCCUGCUCCAGCUGUUCAGCUGGUUGAGGUUUCAAACCUCCCUUUCCAAAUGCCUGGCUUAAAGGGGUUAGAGUGAACUUGGGCCACUGUGAAGAGAAGCAUGUCAAGACUCUUUGGACAUUCAACACGGACACUCAAAAGCUGGGCAGCUUGGCGGGGGCCUCAGUGUGGAGUAGCGGCUGGCAGCCCACCCCCCAACACCUCUGCACAAGCUGCGCCCUCAGGCAGGUGGGGCGGAUUUCCAGCCAAAGCCUCUUUCAGCCGCCACGCUCCUGGCCCACUGCAUCAUUUCAUCUUCCAGCUCAAACUCCUAAAACCCAAGUGCCUUUGCAAAUUCUGUUUUUCUGAGCCUGGGGACGGCUUUUACUUAAACCACCAAGGCUGGGGAAAGAAGCUCUCUCCUCCCUUUCUUCCCCACAGUUGAAAAACAGCUGAGGGUGGGUGGGUGAAUAAUACAGUAUCUCAGGGCCUGGUCGUUUUCAACGGAAUUAUAAUUAGUUCCUCAUUAGCAUUUUGCUAAAUGUGAAUGAUAAUCUUAGGCAUUUGCUGAAUACAGAGGCAACUGCACUGGCUUUGGAUUGCAGGACCUCAGGUGAGAAGCAGAGGAAGGAGAGGAGAGGGGCACAGGGUCUCCACCAUCCCCGGUAGAGUGGGAGCUGCGCGGGGGAUCAGAGCCUCUGAAAACCAAUGUUCUCUGUUCUCCACCUCCCACAAAGGAGAGCUGGCAGCAGGGAGGGCUUCUGCCAGUGCUGAGAUCAAAACUGUUUUACUGCAGCUUUGUUUGUUGUCAGCCGAACCUGGGUAACUAGGGAAGAUAAUAUUAAGGAAGACAAUGUGAAAAGAAAAAUGAGCCCGGCAAGAAUGCAUUUUAACUUGGUUUUUAAAAAACUGCUGACUGUUUUCUCUUGAGAGGGUGGAAUAUCCAAUAUGCGCUGUGUCAGCAUAGAAGUAACUUAUUUAGGUGUGGGGGAAGCACCAUAACUUUGUUUAGCCCAAAACUAAGUCAAGUGAAAAAGGAGGAAGAGAAAUAAUAUUUUUCCUGCCAGGCAUGGUGGUUCACGCCUGUAAUCCCAGCACUCUGGGAGGUCGAGGCGGGAGGAUCACUUGAGUCCAGGAGUUUGAGACCAGCCUGGGCAAUGUGGUAAAACCUCAUCUCUACAAAAAGCAUAAAAAUUAGCCAGGUAUGGUAGCGUGCACCUGAAGUCCCAGUUAGUUGGGGGGCUGAGGUGGGAGGAUCUCUUGAGCCUGGGAGGUCAAGGCUGCAGUGAGCCGAGAUUGCACCACUGCACUCCAGCCUGGGUGACUGAGCAAGUGAGACCCUGUCUCAAAAAA